AAAAAAAAAAAAAAAAAAAAAAAGCUUUAGCAUGAUGUCAUACCUCAAACAGCCUCCUUACGGAAUGAACGGACUGGGCAUAAGCGGUGCCAUGGACCUUCUGCAUCCUUCUGUCGGAUACCCUGCGACUCCAAGGAAACAACGGCGGGAGAGGACAACUUUCACGCGCUCCCAGCUAGACAUUCUGGAAGCGCUUUUUGCCAAAACACGAUACCCGGACAUAUUUAUGAGGGAGGAAGUAGCUUUAAAAAUAAAUUUACCCGAGUCCAGAGUUCAGGUGUGGUUUAAAAACCGGCGUGCAAAAUGCCGCCAGCAGCAACAGAGUGGAAACGGCGCCAAGGCAAGGCCAGCCAAGAAAAAAUCAUCCCCGACCAGGGAGAGCACUGGCUCGGACAGCAGCGGUCAGUUCACCCCUCCAACUGUGUCCAGCUCUGGGUCGUCCUCUUCGGCCAGCUCCACCUCUAGUAACACUGGGAUCAGUAACACCUCUACCUCCAUCAGCAACCCAGUGUCGUCCAUCUGGAGCCCAGCUUCCAUCUCUCCUGGUUCAGUACCACCUGUUGCCAUCCCAGAGUCUCUUCCUCCCACCAGCGCCUCCUGCAUGCAGCGGUCUGUCUCCAGUGCUUCAACAGCCUCCUACCCUAUGACCUACAGCCAGGCCACUGGUUACAGCCAAGGCUACCCAGCCCCUUCCAGUUCUUACUUCAGUGAUUGCAGCUCCUACCUGACUCCCAUGCACUCACACCACCAUCCCCACCAACUGAGCCCAAUGGCUCCUUCCUCCAUGUCUGGACAUCCCCACCAUCACUUGAGCCAGUCCUCAGGCCACCAUCACCACCACCACCACCACCAUCAGGGUUACACGGGAGCUGGAUUAGCCUUCAACUCCUCUGAUUGCCUGGAUUACAAAGACCAGUCGUCUUGGAAACUCAACUUCAACACAACAGACUGCUUGGACUACAAAGAUCAGGCAGCCUGGAGGUUUCAAGUCUUGUGAAAAAAAACAAAAAAAACA